GUCGAGGUGAAGGAGUGGAGGUCCUGACUGAAGCACUGCACGCUCAUAGACGCCCUGAAAUUAGGCUCACGUGCACAACGCGAGGAUAACGCGCGGUAUUCGGAGUUCCAUCGAUCGAUUGAUGGGAGAUCGCAGCAGAUCGACGUGUGCUCUGGUUCCGUCCAAUCUCUUUCUCGUCAAUUCACCUCGUGGUCUUAUCAUCCUCUUUUGUAUUUAUACCGGCCUCUGCGCCCCUCAAAAUUCACAGGCAAUCAUGUCUACCGCUACGUUACCAGUUGUGGAUUUGAAUGUAUUCCUGAACCAACCUGCUGAUUCACUUGCUGUGCUCGAAGAAUGCAAGAAGGCAGCAGAGGCUCUCAUCACAUAUGGAGCACUGUUCGUACACGACUCACGUGUCUCAGAGGAAGACAACUCUGUCUUCCUUGACCUUCUUGAGGACUACUUUGCACAACCAGAGUCUGCUCUUAAGCAGGAUGAGAGACCCGAACUAGGAUAUCAGGUUGGAGUUACACUAGAGAACACCGAGAAGCCAAAAUGCGCAGUUGACGAACCUUGCUUGAACGUUAUCGCGAGACUUGAUCCAGCGGAUCGUCCCUUGGACAUCACUGCACAUAGCCCUGACCCAAAGUGCAGGUUCUUCUGGAAGAUGAGCCAGAAGCCACCUUACGAAACGCGAUUUCCCGCAUUGAAUGCGCCAAACGUCGUUCCGGAAGCACCUGAAAUUAGGCAGCGCUGGACUCCAAUCAUGGAGAAAUGGGGACAAUCCAUGAAAAAUGCGGUUGAGAACCUUGCCGAGAUGACCGCUCUUGGACUAGGCCUUGCUCGUGAAACCUUCACCGAAGCUGGUCGAUACGGCCCUCAUCUCCUCGCACCCACUGCAUCCGACCUCAUCAAGUAUUCCAAGAGGGAUACUAUCCUCGCAGGUUUCCAUACAGAUCUCAACUUCCUCACCAUCCAUGGCCGGUCCCGGUAUCCAGGAUUGAACAUCUGGGCCAGAAAUACCGGAAAGCGCAUUGCUGUCAAGUUCCCUCUGACUGGCAGAUAUCUCCUCGUUCAAGCCGGCAAGCAGCUGGAACACUUGAGUGGUGGCCUUAUCAAGGCCGGCUUCCACGAGGUAGUCGUGAAUGAUGCCACCCUGGAGGCUGUUGAACGUCGCAAGACCCAGUACCCAGAUCGACCCCUUAUCCGUAUAUCAUCGACCUUCUUCUGGCACCUAUCGUCGGACUAUGACCUUGUCCCUAUUCCGGCGCUCCGAAAUCGCGCACAACGAUUAGUGGCGGAUGCGAUGAGUGUAGACACUGUUGAUGAACAGACUGUUUACGAGCCGAUGAAAGUUGGUCAACAAGUACAGAAUGAGCUGAAACACAUUGCAUUGAUGGCCUAAGCUGCUACUAAGCUGUACCUUCUUUCAUUUUUUUGGGAUUAAACAGCCACAAUCAAUGUUGGAUGUUGUAUCUUGUGCUACGAAUUACGACAAGUGACACGGGAAUGAUGGUAUAUUGUGUACAAGACAGAAAAAUACAAUGGAACCUGAUAUGUUUCAGGAGUCGCCGUGAGAUUUGUGGUUGAACAGCUGUUCAUUCUUCGUCCCUUUCCUAGGACUCAAACGCUUUCGUUCCACAAGAAGAGCAGAUAUGAAGAUGUCAUCGAAGAUUUCAUGACCCGCUGCAGACACCCACAACGCAGUAGAUGUAGAUUGACCAUUAUGAAC